CGCACUGCCAGCAGGAUCAGGGAUGCCGGACAGGUCCUGUCACUCCUGCCGUCGCCGUCGUCUUAAGUGCGAUCGUGCUGUUCCACAGUGCCAGAAAUGUCUCACGACGGGGACGGAAUGCCUCGGCUACGGGAAGCUGAUUUUGUGGAAUCAGGGUGUUGCGAGCAGAGGCAAGAUGAUGGGGAAGACGUUUCCCACUGCUCGAAAUCAGGUUGAUGGUUCAUCUAAGAAGAUUGGCCAAGGGGCUGGAGCGAUAUUGUCUACUUCCAACGGCUCUCCUCACGACGACUUCUACCAGCAGAGAUUGGCCUUUCCUCUGAUAGACCCGCUAUUCCAGGAUCUCAGCCCGAGUACGCGGCGGUAUCUGUCUCACUUUGGGUCGAAUUUCGUCAAGGAGCUGGUGAUAUAUGAUGUCCCGGACCAGAAUCCCGUGCGUCAAUUGCUGAGAUACUCGCGGGAGUAUCCGGUUCUGCUGCAGGCUAUCGUUGCUACGUCGGCGCACCAUCUAUAUAACAUAUCACCGUCGCAGACGUUUGCUCUUAGAGACGCAUUGUCGUCCAAGGGUAGAGCACUCGAGCUACUGAAAGAUACGCUGGGGAAUAUUGGGCUGUUUGAUGUGAAUAUCAUGCUGGCAGUCGUUAUGCUGCUCAUCUACUUCGAAUGGAUCCAGUCUGGGAAGAAUACCUGGAGGGUUCAUCUGGAGGGUGCGAAGUCGCUGAUUCGGUACAUUAAGAGCCACGCGGGGAAGGAGUCUACCGAUUCAUUUGCGGGUCUCUUUGUUCGUCGGUGGCUGAUAUCGGAGUUUCUAAUUCUGGAUAUCAUUGGAUCGACGGUUUCGUCAACGAGCUCAUUGGAAACCUCUAUCUACGGCAUCGAAGACGGAUUUGACAUAGACGCCAUCCUGACGAUCGCAGAGGUGAACAAUUAUGUGUCCUGCCCGGCCAAACUCAUGAGACACAUACUGUCAGUCGCGCAGAUGUCAGCAGAACCCGAACAAGACGGUGGCCAGCUUGCGAGAGAGGAAAAGGUCGCUAUGAUCUUGCGCUCUGCUCGCCUAUUUGACCCCGCCGGCUGGGCAUCUGAGAUCCAGUCACUUACACCCUGCAACGAUUAUAGCCCACGGACGCAGAUUGCAACGGCAUUCAAGGCGGCAACCUGUCUCUAUGCGGCACGCAUGUUGCCCCAGGACCAUCCGGACAGCUACAGCCAGGAUGACCGACAGCAAUUGGUGUCGACUGUUAUUUACCAGCUGUCGAAUAUCCACCCCGACAGUGAGCUGUUCAAGUCAACUUCCUGGCCUUGUUUCGUUGCAGGCGCGGAGGCCACUGCCCCAGAACAGCGGGCUUGGAUUAUGACGUACUUGCAGACGAUUUCCCAGGUCCUCCCUUACAAAACAUAUCAAACGUCUAUGGACACCUUGGAGAUGAUAUGGAACUCUGGAUACCACGAUCACUUUCUGGGUAACUGUGAAAAAGGCGACUGGGUUCGCACGAUUAAGAGAUUGGGUGUAGAUUUGUUCAUCGCGUGAUGAACAACUCGUAUCUCACUAUCUGAACCAUACGCAGGGGAUGGGCGCUUUUUGGCACUCCAGUACCCUGCCUGAAUCAGCAGGGGGCUCACCGCCAACGCCACUGCAUUUGAUCUGCUUCGAAUGAAUGGCCAACUGAUCGGUCAAACGACGGCAUGUCUGCCUGAG